UUCAGUCCAAAACCUACUGUGGAAACGCCAACCUUUUUCACUGCAAGGAAGGACUUUCAAUUUAAAACUUUCCAAGAUGAGAAUUACAUUCCGCAAAGCUGGCACGGCUGUGUUGCUCCUGGUUGCUCUGCUGUGUCUGGUGUUUAUGUUCUUUAAUGGGACGGACACCCACAAGCUGUUAAGGGAGGUGGGGAGGUCUUCUCCUGGCGCAGAGCGGCCCUUUGAGAGCCAACACCCUUCCUUGGUGGGACAGCUAAUGCCCGUGUGCAAGGAGAAUGCCUCUGCAGCCAACAUCUCAGGGUUCUCCGCGCUUCCCCAACACAUCCAAGACUUUCUCCGGUAUCGGCACUGCAGGAAGUUUCCUCUUAUGCUGGACAUCCCUGAGAAGUGCGGCAAGACAGCCCAAGAUUCGGCUGAUAUCUUCCUGCUGCUAGUGAUCAAGAGCUCCCCUCCAAACUACGACAGGAGGGAGGUCAUCCGCAAGACCUGGGGUGUGGAGCGGAGGGAAAAUGGGGUCUGGAUUCGGCGGAUCUUUAUUUCGGGAAACACAGAAAACCCCAAGGAUGCUCGCCGGAUGAACCGUCUCCUGGAGCUGGAGCACAGGGAGCACCGUGACAUCCUGCAAUGGGACUUCAAGGACACGUUCUACAACCUCACCCUCAAGCAGCUGCUGUUCCUGGAGUGGAUGGAGGUGAGGUGCCCACACGUCUGCUUCCUCCUCAACGGGGAUGACGAUAUCUUCGCCAACACAGACAAUGUGGUGGAGUACCUGCAAAGCCAGGAGGGCAACAAUGGGAGCAAGCAUCUCUUUGUAGGGCACCUGAUCCAGUGGGUGGGUCCAAUCAGGGAUGCCGGAAGUAAAUAUUACAUACCGGUUCAAGUGGAAGAGUCCAACUCCUACCCUCCUUAUUGUGGCGGGGGUGGGUUUCUACUGUCGGGAUUCACUGCCAGGACCAUCUACAAGAUGUCCUUCAAUAUCACCUUGCUGCCCAUUGACGACGUCUACAUGGGCAUGUGCCUGAAACAAGCAGGACUGGAACCCGCGUCACACAUGGGAGUCAGGACUGCAGGGCUGCACGUUCCCUCCAAGCAAAUAGACCCUUACAACCCUUGCUUUUACCGUGAGAUUCUGUUAGUGCACCGUUUUCUGCCUUACGAGAUCCUAAUCACGUGGCAUGACAUCCACGACCCCCAACUCAACUGUAACAUUGGCCUCUAGGUGGCAGGCAGACCAUGGCAUUGGUGACUGUGUUGCACUGAAGCAUCAAUAGCCUUUCCUUAUGGCAUAUUGCUUUAACCUAAAGUAUUAGGUUAAGCUAUAUUGGCUCUUUCAGUCCAUUCCAUUGCACUCUAUUCCAACGAGGGCCUUAAUUAAAUAAUUGAUCUUGGUGUAAUUAUUAUUUAGGGGCAAAAGAAAAAAAAAAAGAAAAAAUCACUCUUAAAAAACCAUAGCAAAAUGAUUACCAGAUCACAGUAAUGAAUUUAGAGCAAGUAUUGCAUAGCAGUCCUGAUGCUAUACCAUUGUUCAUUGGUUCAUAUUACUGUUGCCAUACCAUUGGUAUGUUACCGCUGUCGUCAAUGGCUCGUCCAAUUGUAGCUUCCUUAGUGCUUGUUAUUACAGAACCAUUGCAUUGCCAUUGAAGAUCCUUUCUUAAUGAUUGGCUACAGUAGGCGGGAUGACUUCACGUCAUCUAAGCACUGACAACAAAACAACUUCAUGAUCACGUGCGAGAACAAAUGGAGUUUCCAAAUGUACCACAGAGCAGAGCAUUGGGCUGCCAUGGCUAAGCAGUUUGACAUCACUAGCUUAAGGAACUCUCAGUUUGCAGGCCUUGCUUUCGAAUUUUCCACUUUCAGGGUGAUUUUCAGGCUCUGUCGCUAACCAAUCAGCUGCUUCCCCUGUUGACUGACACGCUUUCCAACCAGAAAGAUACUUUGAGCCCACAGACACUACUUGAAACGCCCUGGGCAGUGCAAGGGUAACAGAUUUAGACGGGAGAGCUGACAACUGGCUUUUACAGAGUGUGGUGCCAGAUGUCAUGUAUUUACAUUUGAAAAUGAAAACGCAUGUUUUCUGGAAAUGUUUUAUGAACUUAUUUUGUUCAGCACCUGUAACGGGGAAAUUAAAAGUGUAGGGUCCCAAACAGUUUUGAGAAAGUCUAAA